CAAACUGCCCCCACCAAAGAACCCAUGUGUCCGACACAGUCAUGCACACACAUGUAUGUCCCUCGUGUCUUCCAGGCUGGAACCAGGGGGAUAUCCCCAAGGUUGUCACCACCGCAGCCAGUAAAGCAGCAGCUAUAGAAGGAGCCGGUCCAAUGCUGGGAGGUCCUGGGGCAGGAGGUGAUGCAGACCAUGCAGCCCCCUUCCGAGACUGAGAUUCCCUCAGAGACCCUGCAGCUGGCACUGGGGCAUGACUUCUCCACCCCAGAGACCUGGCGUAAAUGCUUCCGAGGCCUCCGCUACCUUAAAGCCAAGGGGCCGUGGGAGGUUUGCAUCCGCCUGUGGGAGCUUGGCUGGUGCUGGCUGGAGCCCCAGCACCGCAGGAAGGAGCAAAUCCUGGAGCUGGUGGUGCUGGAGCAGUUCCUGGCCAUCCUGCCUCGGGAGAUGCAAAGCUGGGAGUGGGGAUGCGACGUGGAGACCGGCGCCGAGGCCGUGGCCGUGGCUGAAGGGUAUCAGCUGUCAGAACAACCAAAGGCCUAUCGUGCGGACAGGCCUCUGGAGGAGUCAGGAGAGAGGCAAACCCCAGGGCCUGGGGACAAGCCACCUUGUGUCUGCAGAGAGGAGCCCCUGCCCCACCAGGAGUCAGAUUUCCCUGUAACCGAGGAGACCUGGGAGCAGUCAGCAGAUGAAAGCUCCUCAGGCUGGUGCCCCAGACGAGGCCCUUCUCCUGGAGCAGGUGCUGGGACCGUGAGGAUAGGUGAGCAGAAGCCUCCUGGAGAAGAGCCUAUAACCCUGGAACUGCAGAGGACUUCCCCAGGGAGACUGGAGGAGAGGGGCUCCCUGACACCUGAGCCAGGCCAAGUGCAGAUCCCAGAGGUGUUUGAGGCUGUGGCAGUGUAUUUCAUGCGGAAGGAGUGGGAGCUGGUGGAAGAUGAAGACAAGGUGCUUUACCGGGACCAGAUGCUGAAGAAUUACCAAGACCUCGUUUCUCUGGGAUAUUGAGGUCCCAUCCCUGACUUAACCAGAAGUAUCCAGCAAGGACAAGUGGAGCUCUGGGGCUGUGAUGAUGAGGACAGUGGGGAAA